CAAUUACUUUCAUACCUUAGAAUGUUUUCGGUCUUUCUUUAAAAAGAACUCGAUGAAGAUUGUCUCUACAACAGUACAACGAAACUCCCCAUGAGAAUCGUUUAUUGAUUCCGCCCAAGGAAACUGCCAGUCUGGCUACUGGUGGAGUCCAGCUCCAGCACGGAAUUUAUUGAGAGAUAAUCUCUCUGCCCAUCUUAUCCAUGUAUUAGACUUUCUCAACUUCUUCGAAACCGUUUCCUCGUUAUCGGUCCAUUUACAAGGAGAUUUCGGAAUUCCACAAGAACCAGGAAUCUCCACUCCCUUUGUCUUCUCUUCUCGACAGUAUACAGAUUACAGCCCUUCGAAAACAAGGCUGUUUGGAGAGGAGCAGACAUGCCAACGCCUUAUGGAAUUCAGGCUCCAGACAAACCUGAGGGGAAGAUUACUGCAAUCAUAGUAUGUUGGCUUCUUGGAAAUGGGUGCCUUUUCUCAUGGAACAGUAUGUUGACAAUAGAAGAUUACUAUGUUUACUUGUUUCCGAACUACCAUCCUACAAGGGUGCUUACCCUUGUUUAUCAACCUUUUGCACUUGGAACCCUUGCAAUAUUAGCAUAUAAAGAGGCGAAGAUUAAUACAAGAAGACGGAACUUAACUGGAUAUAUUCUUUUCUUCAUUAGUUCGCUAUUGGUAUUAAUUUUGGAUUUAGCUACAUCUGGCAAAGGAGGGAUUGGUACUUACAUUGGUAUAUGUGUGAUAAGUGGUGCCUUUGGAAUUGCAGAUGCCCAUGUUCAGGGCGGAAUGGUUGGGGACCUCUCUUUCAUGUGCUCUGAAUUCAUUCAGUCUUUCUUAGCUGGUAUGGCUGCAUCAGGGGCUUUAACCUCCGGUUUGAGGCUAAUUACGAAAGCAAUCUUCGAGAAUUCUAAGGAUGGCCUUCGGAAGGGUGCUAUUUUAUUCUUUGGCAUAUCAGCAUUUUUCGAGCUGCUAUGUGUUCUUCUUUAUGCAUUCAUCUUCCCCAAAAUUCCCAUUGUGAAGUAUUAUCGUUCAAAGGCAGCCUCAGAAGGAUCCAAAACCGUUUCAGCUGACCUUGCUGCUGGGGGUAUUCAAACAAAACCAAGCCAGGAUGAAGAAGAUCCCAAACGACUUGAUCGUCUGAGCAAUAAGCAGUUAUUUCUUCAAAACAUAGACUAUGCAGUUGAUAUGUUUCUAAUAUAUGUUCUGACAUUGUCAAUCUUCCCUGGGUUCCUAUCUGAGGAUACUGGAUCACAUAGUCUGGGUUCAUGGUAUGCACUUGUUCUGAUUGCGAUGUAUAAUGUAUGGGAUCUGAUUGGAAGAUACAUACCCCUCAUAAAAAGCCUGACUUUGAAGUCACGGAAGGGCCUAAUGGUUGUCGUCCUUUCUCGUUUCGUACUCAUCCCAGCUUUCUAUUUCACAGCUAAAUAUGGAGACCAAGGCUGGAUGAUUUUGCUUACAUCAUUCUUGGGAUUAACCAAUGGUUACCUCACCGUUUGUGUUCUCACUGCUGCACCAAAAGGUUACAAGGGACCGGAGCAAAAUGCCUUGGGGAAUUUGCUUGUAUUGUGUUUACUGGGAGGUUUGUUUGCAGGGGUAACACUUGAUUGGUUGUGGCUAAUAGGCAAAGGUUGGUGACAUUUGCACAUCCAUUACUCAAAGCGCUGCUUAAUGGAAAAAUUUUCAUGCCCAUGAUUGGCAAGGAAGUAUAUUCUUAGUUUCUUUUAAUAAAUAUAUUGAUGAAUGGUAGUUAUAGAAUGAGAAUCAUCACUUAGGCUAAUGUCCUACUUUUUUUUCCUGUUAUACCAUUGUUUGUGAACCAAAGGUCCAGUUGUAUAUAGUACCUUAAAAGUAAUUUUAAGAAGCUAUCAGAAUAGUGCGUAAUUUGUAACCUUGCAGAACAAUAAGUGCCUUUUUUGCUUU